CUUAAUAAUAUCGCUAUGGCUGUUACUACAGGUACAUCACUUGCUUUGGCCUCUAUUGGGGCUACAUUGGUGUUCUCUGGAAUGCAAAUGUAUAAACCAUGGUUGAAUUCAUCACAAUUACAUACUUUACUAGGAGGGUAUUUAGGUUCUUUGUUUUUUGUGCUUACUUUAACUGCCAUUGGUAAUUUGGAGACCUGUUUUUUCGGAAAAUCGUUUCAGUUGAAAUUAUUUCCUGAAGUUACGUUGUCUCUACUAUUAGCCUUAUUUGCCUCAGCAACCAUACAUAGAGUUUGUGGAACGACAUGUCUGAUGUUGUCUUUGUUGGCUCUUUAUUAUGUUAACAAAUACUCACAGAAAGUUCACGUUGUAGCACCAACAACAACUGUACAGACCAGCAAAAAAAAGAAAAACUAGUGAUUAGUACAAACCAAAUUUCCAUAACACCAAAUACAUCUAAAUGCUUAUCACAGCCAAUUUUUUUAUUGCUAAUUAUAAUAAUAAAGAUUCAAUUUUUC